AUGAUGACAGCAACAUUUGCUUUAUGUUGUGGAAGACAUGUGGACGAGCAGACAAGAAUCAUCGAGAAGCAACUGCAAAAAGAAAAGAAACAACUUCGUCGACAAGUGAAAAUUUUACUGUUGGGCUCAGGAGAAUCCGGAAAAUCAACAUUUAUCAAGCAAAUGGUUAUCAUAAAUGGACGAGGUGAAUUUACUGCUGAUGAAAUACGAGCAUAUCGACAGCAGAUCUAUCAGAAUGUAAUUGCUGCAAUGAGAGUGCUUCUUGAUGCACGCCAGAAGUUGGGGUAUGCUUGGAAGAAUCCUGAAAGGCAGAAGAAUGUUGAUUCUAUUAUGAGGUUUACAGUAUCAGAUAUGAUGCGAGGUAUCGAUCAGUCUACAUUUGCCGAGAUAGCUCCGUUAAUACGAGAUUUUUGGGAAGAUGCAUCAAUCAAACAGACAUAUGAACAACGGAAUCUGUUUCAGAUUUCUGAUUCCUGCAUAUACUUUUUCGAUCAUAUUAAUCGAGUAUCAAUGCCGGAUUACUGUCCAACUAAUCGGGAUAUAUUAUUUUGUCGAAAAGCUACACGAGGAAUAACUGAGCAUGUUUUUGAAAUACAGCGAAUUUCAUUUAGAUUUAUUGAUGUUGGUGGACAACGAUCACAACGACAAAAAUGGUUCCAGUGUUUUGAAGGUAUUACAAGUAUACUAUUUAUGGUUGCUUCAUGCGAAUAUGAUCAAGUAAUUCUUGAAGAUCGAAGGACGAAUCGUGUUGUUGAAUCGCGAUCUGUUUUUGAAACAAUUGCUAAUAAUAAAUCAUUCGCCAAUGUUUCCAUAAUAUUGUUUAUGAACAAAAGUGAUUUACUUGAAGAGAAGGUACCAAAGUCGGAUAUUCGACAAUAUUUUGCUGAUUUCACUGGUGAUCAUAAUAGUUUGCGUGACGUUCAGUUUUUUCUAGUGGAUAAAUUUGAGAAUUGUCGACGUGAUAGACGACGACCAUUUUUUUAUCAUUUUACAACAGCAAUAGAUACAGAAAAUAUUAGACGUGUAUUCAAGGAUUGUCGUGAAACUAUUUUGGAACAAAAUUUGAAAGCAUUAAUGAUGCAAUGA